CAGUGACACUACUGAGUUAUUGUCAGAUGCAUGACUGAUCAAUCAUUGUUUUAGGAAUAUUUCCAUUUAAUUUAGUGAUUGAACAUGAUUGUAAAAUACAUAAAUAAUGACGACAUUUCAUGAUGAAAUAGAAAUUGAGGACUUCGAAUAUGAGGAAGAUGAAAAUAUGUAUUACUAUCCCUGUCCCUGUGGCGAUAGGUUUCAAAUAAGCAAGGAGGAGCUGCUGGAUGGUGAGGAACUUGCAACCUGUCCAAGCUGUUCACUGGUGGUUAGGGUUAUCUACGAUGUAGAAAAGUUGAAGGCAGAAAAUGAAGAAAAACACAAAGCUGACAGCAACCGAGAAGCAGUGAGAGCAUAACAUCCCCAGCAGACCUGAAGCAGUGUACAUAUGGUUCGCAGUGACCGUGUGAGCAGGCAAUGCAGUGACUGGCACGUGCCAGUACUAGUUGGGGGACCUAAUACAGUUGCUCAACUAUG